CCGCCCUGAGCGCCAUGGAGCGAGAACCGAGGAGGCCCGUGAGCCGCUGACGCCCGGAUCUAACGCUUUUCUCCUGGAUCAUUUUCACUUGGAAAUUUGGAAAAAAAAUUUUGGAUUCAGAACGAAAUUUCACUCAAGAUUUGACCGAUUUUUUGGGGAAGGAAAAUGUCAAGUGAUAUGUUACAAAGAGGUCGCAAUGCAAUGUGAUCCACCGCAGCUAAAAAUACCACCGCUCUGGACGUUAGCUUCAACUUUAUGAAGUUAGACUUUUAAAUCUUUCGUCCUCCAAACUUCGCCAUGAGGAAAGCCGAGGUCCAGGUGACGCUGAAGAAAGGCGCGGAGGAGGCAGUGGCGCCCCCUAGCCCCCUGAUCCCGCCAAAGCGCUCCAAGUCCAGCUCCGAUCAGGUGGUCCCCGGCUCUCUCGGCCCGCAGUCGCUCUCUGGCCCCUCCGCUCCGGUGUUCACGCGGAAAAUGAGGAACGCCGCGGUGGGGACGGGCUGCGAUAUCCGGCUAAAGGUGUCGGUGUCCGGGGACCCUCAGCCGUCCCUGUACUGGUACCACAACGAGGAGCUCCUGAACAUGGAAAACCAGGAGUACGGAGGUCUGUGGAUCAGGGAUUGUAAACCCAGCGACGCCGGGCUGUACACCUGCAUCGCCAACAACCACCAGGGGGAGGCCCGGAGCAGCGCUGUGCUCGCCGUGCUCGACCUCGGAGAAGAAUCUGAGUCUGAGGAAGAGGAGGGAGAAGAGGAGGAAGAGCGGCCUGACUCUGUGAUGGACACAACUGCAGACACAUCAAGACAUGAAGACUACUCUCAGACAACCAGGGACUCGCCUCCUCAGGUUCUGCCCCCUCCCUCUCCUCGCCUCUCCAAACGCCUUUCCUCGUCCCCGAUGCCCUCCCGCUCCGGCUCCACCACGCCAAUCGGAUCCCGCAAGAAAAACAUCCCCCCGACAACGGACUACCAGGACACGGUGCCCGGAGAGUUCGAAGAGAAAGUCCGACAUCCCAAAUCUGCCACGCAAACGACCGCUAACGCCCAGGACACCAGACCGCAGACGCCUUUGAGCGAUUAUUCGAGGAAGGAGUUUACGCCUCGACCGUCGCCGAAGCUAACCCGAGCUAGCUCCAAAGUGUUCGAGAAAGUCCGCGGGCUGGAGGAACGCCGAAGAAGCUUGGAUAUUCCAGAAGGAUCGGUUUCGGGAAGAUCGUGGGCGGGUUUUAAUCGCGCGGGUUCGGUGGACUCGGACGAUGGCGGGAGUCGUUUGGGGAUCUCCCGAGAGAGUUCGCGAGAGGAUUUGCGCGAAGCUUUAAAAGAAGACGCAGCGGAGAGGAGGUCCAUGUUUAGACAACGAGCGGCGUCCCUCGAAGAUAAACCGCGCUACUCGCAAAAAGUCCAAGAUAUCGAGAAUAAAUUUACAGAAGAGCUGCAGCGGAUCAAGAAAUUAGUUGGAAAACCGCACAUGAAGAAGUCUUUUUCGACUGAACAGCUGACGUUAAAAGCGAAACAACGCCAGCCUUUUCGCAAAAUCGAACCGAUACCUCCGCAAGUCCUGCAGAAGCUUCAAGAACGUGAACGCGCUCAGUGGGCCAAAGAGCAAAAAGAGAGAGAAUUACACGAACAAAAACCGCAGAUCAGCGCUAAUAUUAUAGGAAGUCGUUUGGGCGAAGUCCCCGGUCCGCCCGAGUCCAUGCAGUUGGCGGAUUUACCCGGACAGCGCCCCCUACGUGAGCUCAGCAGAGUCAGCCCGGUCACCGAAAUCGUCCAAAGAUCGUCCUCGCCGCUCGUGCACCAACUCGAAUCCUAUCGGAAAGUGGAGAAGAGACCGCCGAGCCCGCUGGUGCAGAGGGUGACGCGCUUCCCGGAGUCCAACCACGAGAAGGAGGACGUGACGGGCAGGAAAACGCCGAUCGAGGUGGCGCUACGGAAGGUGGAGCUGCGGCCGGAGAGCCCCCUGGUGCAGAGGAGGGGGGCGGAGUCUAAUGUGCUGGCUCCUCCCAAGCCGCCGCGAGUGUGCGCGGAGGAGAGGGCGGAGGGGAGGAGCGUGCCGAGGAUCGUGGUGCAGGAGGAGGACGAGGAGAGGAUGGAGGUGGAGGAGAGGGCGCCGCCGCAGACCACCGGCGGCAGAGAGGGGGCGCCAAAGAGCAGGAAGAAGAAAAUAAGGCCCAUGUCUCCAGAACAAGACUCUUCAGACGACUCGUACGUCUCGGCCGGUGAAGACCCCAUGGAGGCCCCCGUCUUUGAGUUCCCCCUGCAGGACGCCGUGGCUUUUACCGGAGCUGACGUGGUCCUUAAAUGCAUCAUCGCCGGCACACCCACACCUGAAGUGUCGUGGACCAAAGACUCCGGUCCGGUCUCUGGUCUCAGUCUGAACUACACCGUGAAGGUGGAGGGAGAGAGGCACAGUUUAUGGAUCAGAUCUGUGAGGACGUCCAACGCCGGAGUCUACUGUGUAACCGCGAGCAACCAGGUCGGGACCGCCUCCAGCUCGGCUACUCUCACUGUCAAAGAGAAUGUCCCAGUUCCUCGGUCAAAUCUGGGGCUCCCUCUGGACAUGAGCAGUCCCAUCACCUCAGACGAAGAGUACCUCAGCCCCCUCGAGGAGAACCCAGAGCCAGCGACCGGGAGACUGGACCCCCGCUUCAGACAGCCUCCUGCUUUUGUGGCGACGGUGAGCGAUCAGACGGUGGUGGAGGGGCAGGAGGUGUCCAUGUCUGUGCGGAUCAGCGGGCAGCCCAAACCCAUGCUCUACUGGCUGAGGGACAGAGUGACGGUGAAGUCUGGCCCUCGUCACGUGGUCAGAGAGAGAGAAGACGACAUGUUUGAGAUGAUCAUCAAAUCUGCUCAGAAAUCUGACACCGGAGUUUACACCUGCAAAAUCAUCAACGAGUACGGCACCAAGCAGUGUGAGGCCAUGCUCAGAGUAACAGCGCCGCCCGUGGAGCCGUCCCUGGCCGUCAUACGUCCGGUCAGAGACAUCUCAGCCAAAGCCGGGGACACGGUUCUGUUUGAGUGUCACGUGAUCGGACCCAAAGACACGGACGUGGACUGGCUCUCCGACGGAAAACUGAUCCAACCGGCGCUCCUCAACUGUAAGAUGCACUUCAACGGGAAGAAGUGCCGCCUCCUGCUCAACUCUGUGCACGAGGACGACUCCGGGGUUUAUAUGUGCAAGAUCAGCUCUGCUAAAGAGGAGGUGACUUCGUGCGGGCGUCUCUCGGUGCUGCCCUCUCUGGAGCCUCUGUUCACCAGGAAGCUGGACGUGCUGGAGGUGAUCGAGGGACGAAACGCUCGCUUCGACUGCAAAGUGAGCGGAACGCCGGCGCCCAAAGUCAUCUGGAGCCACUUUGACCAGCCGCUGGUGGAGAGCGAGGACGUGCGGAUCCUGCAGGAGGGCGGCCGACACUCGCUCAUCCUCUCUCACGUAACCAACGACGACGAAGGAUUCUACACCGUCACCGCGAGGAACGUCCACGGAGAGGCCGAGAGCUCAGCGGAACUGUACAUCCAGGAGCCGCGGCCGGCCAUCUCCUCUCAGAUGGCUAAACUGGAGAAAAUGCCGUCGAUCCCGGAGGAGCCCGAGGUUCCGGACUCGGACCUGGAGCGGUUCACGAUGCCGGAUUUCACCAAAGCUCUUCUGGACCUGGACGUGGUGGAGGGCAGGGAGGCCGUGCUCAAAUGUAGAGUGUCCGGUCUGCCGUACCCGACUAUCACCUGGUACCACAACGGCCAGCGCAUAGACAGCACCGAGGACAGGAAGAUGACGCAGUAUCGGGACGUGCACAGUCUGGUGAUCAAAAGUGUGACUCAUUCUCACGGAGGAGUUUACAAAAGUGUCAUCGCCAACAAAGUGGGAAAGGCCACAUGCUACGCCCAUCUCUAUGUCACAGACAUCCUGCCGGACCCUCCAGACGGGUGUCCUGUGGUGGAGUCCAUCACUGGGAAAACCAUCACCCUGAGCUGGAAGAAGCCGCGCAGACUCGACCCCUCCAUCGACCCGUCCUCCCUCAUGUAUGCGAUCCAGCAGCAGGCGCUGGGUUCUAUCCAGUGGACCAUCAUUGCGUCUGGACUCAGGGACAUGUCCUUCUGCGUCUCGUCUCUGUCCAAAGGCGUUCGCUACAGCUUCAGAGUGUUGACCAUCACCAGCAAAGCCUUCAGCAAACCCUCUCCUGCUACUGAACCUCUGCAGCUACUGGACAGAGGACCGUAUUUGUCGGAAGCUCCGGUGAUCACGGACAAACCCGACGUGGUUUAUGUGACGGAGAAUCAGUCUGUGACCAUCACUGUGACCAUCAACCACGUGAACGCCGCCGCCAUCUGGAAACGUAACGGCUCCAUCCUGUCCCCCCGCCCCGGCUCGUACGAGAUGACGAUGCCCGACGACGACCAGCACCAGCUCAGACUGUGUAAAGUGAAGUCUUCUGACGCGGGAGAGAUGGAGUUUAUCGCCACCAACAAACACGGAACCGACAGCUGCAAAUUCACCGUAGAAAUGGCAGUCGCUCCCACAUUUGAGACCAUCAUGGAGGACCUGGACGUGUGCGCAGGAGAAACGCCGCGGUUCGCUGUGGUCUGUGAAGGAAAACCCAUCCCUGACAUCCUCUGGUUUAAGAAUGACAGCCUGCUGGCGGAGAGCGGUCACUACACCUUUGUGUACGAUGAUAACGAGUGUUCUCUGGUGGUGCUGAGCGCUCGACCUGAAGACUCUGGAGUCUACACCUGCACCGCCCGAAACCAGGCGGGGUCUGUGUCCUGUAAGGCCGAGCUCACCGUGCACCAGGUGAAAGUGAAGGAGGAGACGAUGGAGGACGAGGAAACCAUCCUGAGGAGAAUGCGCCGCCUCAGCGACUACUACGACAUCCACAAGGAGAUUGGACGCGGAGCGUUCUCUUACAUAAAGCGCGUGGUGCAGAAGUCAGAUAAGUCGGAGUUUGCGGCUAAGUUCAUCUCGGCUCGAGCCAAAAGGAAAACCUCAGCUCUGAGGGAAAUGAAGAUCCUGUCCGGACUCGACCACCAGAGGGUGCUGUACUACCACGACGCCUUUGAGAAGAAGAACGCUGUCAUCAUAGUCACCGAGAAAUGUCAUGAGGAGAUGUUGGACAGGUUCAUCAGGAGGUCGUCUCUCAUGGAGUCAGAUGUUCGCUCUUGUAUCAGACAAAUCCUGGAGGGUCUGGACUAUCUGCACCACCACAACAUCAUCCACCUGGACGUCAAGCCUGAUAACAUCCUGAUGGCCGACGUUCACUCCGAUCAGAUCCGUCUGUGUGACUUUGGGAACGCUCUGGAGUUUUCCCAGGAGGAGAUGCAGUUCUGUAAAUUUGGGACUCCGGAGUUUGUCGCUCCUGAAAUCGUCAACCAAACUCCAGUUUCCAAAGCCACGGACAUUUGGCCGAUCGGAGUCAUCUCUUAUCUCUGCCUGACGGGCGUGUCUCCGUUCGCGGGGGAGGACGACCGCAGUUCGCUUUUAAACAUCAGAAACUAUAACGUGGCGUUCGAGGAGGGAAUGUUCUCAGACCUGAGCCGAGAAGCCAAAGGAUUCAUCAUCAAACUGCUCGUCCCCGACACACUGAGACCAAAUACUCAGGACUGUCUCAGACACCCCUGGUUCAAGGCUUUGAGUAAAGGAAAAGCGAUCAGCACCGAAGCUCUGAAGAAGUUUGUGGCUCGAAGAAAAUGGCAGCGUUCCUUAAUCAGCUACAAAUCCAAAAUGGUGAUGCGUUCUAUCGCGGAUUUACUGAGCGACGCCUCAAACCACAUUUCCAUCGCCGCUCCGAAACGCUCCGUGGAAGGAUCGGCGUUACCCUCCUCUUCCUCCGAUUCCGACGAAGACAUCGACGAACUUCCCUUCAUCCCCAUGCCUCUUAACACCGAAUUCUCCGGGUCCCGAAUGUCGCUGAACGAAAUCCAAACCAACGAGGAAAAUCGCAAGGAAAACGGGAAUAAGUUUGGUCUGAUCGAGGAGGAGCCGAUGGAAGUUGAUGCAAAAGAAAGAGAGGAGGAGGCGGAGCUAAUCCAGAGAUCAGGAAUGCCGAGGAAACCCCUGCAACGUGGGUCGAGCGUGGAUUCGGAAAAGCUGGAUACGGGGAGAAGGCGCGGCGAGUUGAGGCGCGGCGGGUCGGCCGAUAGCGCUCUGCUGUUAAAAAUCACACCGGAAGAGGGCAGCGGUGAGAGCGAAUCAACACAAGAAGACGGGAGAAGGAUGCUAAAAAAAGCGGUGUCCAUGGAAUUGCCGAGACGAAGCGCUAGCCCAAAAAUGAGCCAAGAAGAUUAUGCGCUAAAGCUGGAAUUGAUGCGGCAAAGACUGUUACGAGGCGGGAAUGUGGAUAACAAGAUGAGCGGGCUACGGGGACCUCUCCUGGAGACGUUGGGAAUGGGAGACGAGAAAAGAACUUCGGAAAGAUAUCGCAUGAACCGGUUAGCGCCUCCUCCGCUAACCCGAGCCGCGUCGACUGAUUCGCCGAGAGAUGAGACUCCGAAAGCUAAAGUUUUACGGAAAAGUGCUUCGUUCAGUCAGGGGGAUGCAGAGCCGAUCGCGAUGCACAGAAGAAUGGGAGCGCCCCUCGAAAUCCCGCUAGCGACGAUGGAGGAAAGACGGUUAAAGGAAGCGAUUUCGAUGUCGGCGUUGACAGAUCAGACGAAGUUCGAUUCGAGGCCGGUGACGCCAAGAGAGCCUUCGCCAAAACCGGCCACUCCGGAGUCCAUGAUGCAAGACAGCCCGACCAAAACGGAAAGCGAAGAGUCGUUUAUGGAAAGAGAAACUAAACCGGAUGAAAUGAUCGGAGAGAAAGCGGCGACGGACAGCAACUUUGACGAGCGUUCCAGUACGAGCGGGUUUUCGGAAAAGGAUAUGAGCAUUUCCGAAGAACCGAUGAUGGAAAUAGAAGCCACCAAGGAUGAAAGAGCGGCGUCGCCUGGUUCUGACAAGAAAAUGGAGAUCGAAGAAGUUGAGGAGGAUAAACCAAUGCAAGAAGAUUCGAGCGGAAUUGUUGCAGAAAAAGCGAGUGAGAAGGAGAACGAGGAACUGAAAGCCAGACCUGCAGAAAUGGUGAUAUCGACCAGCUCCGUUUUAGUAAGACCAACAGACGAAUACCCCAACGCGCCAGAAGAGGACACUAUUUCACACACGGAAUCGUACGUAGUGCCACCUUCUCCGUCUAAAACAGUCCUUCCAGACGGUAGGACGUCUGCGUACGCUAGCAUCAUGCAAACUAUAAUGGUACCCGCCGUGCAACCGGUUAGCGACGCGACGUUAGGACCCUCUACGCCAGUUCAAAUACCGCAGAAUUUACAGAUUUCAAACGAGCCACGAGUUCAUUCGCAGCAAGGAAAUACGUCAACAACGGAGCAUCCCGCAGUUUUCGCGAGAGUAGCAUCGCCGGAAACUAUCAUAAAAGAGCCAAGUCCGCCUAAAAGUUUGGCACAGUCUGCGUCGCAACAAAACUUUGCAAAUAGAGGCGAUUUUGAAGAUAUUACAUCCGAGGAGCUGUUCGAAGCGAGGUUCAAAAAGCGUGAGUCAUCGCUUACGAGGAGUUUUAAGUUUUUAACGAGAUCGAAAAACGACGAAAAGAUGCAAGUGGGUGACAAAGACGAAGCGGGAGAGGAUAUCUACAGGCCGAGUCCGAUGGGCGCGCCGCUGGAGUUGGCCACGAGGAGGCUGGAGGAGAAAUCGAAAUCGGUGCAAGAUCUGAGAGAAGCGCAAAAGGAUCAGGGGUUCAUGAAAAGAUUGUCGCUGCGGUUAAAGCGGACGCCGUCGAUGGAAAGAACGGAGCAAAAUAAGGAAGACGACAGCUCAAAGAGACGGUUGUCGUGGGCGCUGGGGAGGAGAGGGUCUCAGGAGAAAAAAGAGGCGGAGAGCGAGGGAGGAGCGGAGAAGGAGGAGGCGAAGAAACCGAACGAAUCCCCGGUUUUGACGAUGAGGAGGAAGAUCGAGUCGACGGUGGCGGAAAUAUCGACCAGGAUCAGGAGUUAUUCGGAGGAGAGGAGGGUGUCGGAGGACAAGGAGCAGAAGAGGACCCCGAUUCUGUCCAUGCUGCGGAGGGCCACCUCGGAGAACCGCGGGGUGAAAGGAGCGCCCCAAAACCAGCUCCAAAACCAGCUCCAAAACCAGCUCGCACAGCAGGCGGCCAACGGAGCCUCCAACGAGUCUCUGGAUUCUACUAAAGGAGUGGAGGCAGAUCGCAGGUCUCGUUGGGAUCGUUGGGGUUUGACCCGAGGACGCAGGGACAAAACUGUGUCUCAGCCCGACAUCCCCUCGGCCAUCAGUCGAGAGAUCUCCGCUCUGAGGACGAGGCAGUACAGCAAACUCGCCUCCGAUUUUCCUCCAGUUUUCCACAUUAAACUCAGGGACCAUGUUCUACUGGAGGGAGACCCAGUGACUCUGAGCUGCCUCCCAGCGGGAAGCCCCCACCCUCACAUCAGCUGGGUCAAAGAUAAGAAGCCUCUGGAGAUCGACGCUCGUAUGAACAUGAUCGCGUGUCCCGACGGGAGACAGUUACUCAUGAUCAUGCAGACGACGAAGAAGGACGCCGGAGUGUACGAGUGCGUGGCCACAAACCCGCUGGCUUCUACGUCCUCGUCCUGUACCAUCUCUCUAGCACGUCUCCCGAAUCGUCCCGGGACUCCAGAGAUCCCUCAGAAAUACAACCACACGGCUCUGGUUCUGUGGAGGCCCUCAGACACUAUGGCCCCCUGCACAUACUCUCUGGAGAGGCGGGCAGAAGGAGAGAGUAACUGGCUGAUCGUGGCGACCGGAGUGGCCGACUGUUACUACAACGUGACAGAUCUUCCACCAGGGGGCGCCUUCCGCUUCAGAGUGGCCUGUGUGAACAAAGCGGGACAGGGCCCCUACAGCAACCUGUCCGAGGUGGUGCGGAUGGAGCCGACAGAACCGGUGAAGUCCACUGCGACCAUCGUGGUGAAAACAGCGCCCUCUGCUGCUCCUCCCGUGGUGGUGAAGUCCUCCAUGACCAUCCCCUCCAUCAAACCCGCUCCACCUAAAACCAGCCCGGGCUCCACUCCUCCUCCGCCCGUGACCUCCCCCUCGCUCUCUCCCUCCUCUCCUCCUCCACCCGUCACCUCCCCCUCUCUCUCGCCCUCCUCUCCUCCUCCACCCGUGACCUCCCCCUCGCUCUCGCCCUCCUCUCCUCCUCCACCCGUCACCUCCCCCUCCUCUCCCGCUCCGUCCCUCUCCCCCCCUCCCCCUGUCUCCUCCCCCGCUCCCCCCUCUCCCUCCGAAACGCUCAAAUCCACCCUUAGCAUUAGCGUGUCCAAACCGAAGCUAGCUCCUCCCCCCGUGGUCCCGCCCAAACCGCACAGUCCGAUCCGCACGCCGCCCUCGCCAACGCCACCAGCUGUCAUCGGUAAACCCAUAUCCUCUGUCCCCCUGUACGUCGCCGCCUCCUCUAGAAAGACUCCUCCAGCCCAGCCUCCCUCCUCCACCGCCCCCGCCCCGGUGCCCUCGUCCCAGCCGCAGAGCGCCUCCGCGCUCCCUCCCUCUGUGGCGCCUCCUCCCACUGUGGUGGUGUCUCCCCCGGUGGUGGUGGUGCAGAGCUUGACUCCGGUGGUCCAGGCCGGGGCGGAGGGCCGCGGGCCGCCCUCCGGAAGGAUCACUCCGUCUGGGCGAAGGACACCUCUGCUGGGGAAGGCCGGAGAGGGGGCGCUCCGACAGGGAGUACCCCAAAAACCCUACACCUUUAUGGACGAGAAGGCCCGAGGUCGUUUUGGCGUGAUCCGUGAGUGUCGGGAGAAUUCCACUGGAAACCUGUUCAUGGCUAAAAUCGUUCCGUACGAGUCGGAGACGAAGCCGAGCGUCCUCCAGGAGUACGACAUUUUAAAGUCUCUUCAUCACGAGAGGAUCAUGGCGCUGCACGAGGCCUACGUCACCCCCAGAUACCUCGUCCUCAUCUGCGAGUUCUGCGGCGGCAAAGAGCUGCUGCACAGCCUCAUCGACAGGUUCCGAUACUCUGAGGACGAUGUGGUGUCCUACAUAGUCCAGAUCCUUCAGGGUCUGGACUAUCUCCACACCAGGAGGAUCCUCCACCUGGACCUGAAGCCUGAGAACAUCAUCGUGACCUUCAUGAACUCAGUGAAGAUCAUCGACUUUGGAACGGCCCAGACCUUCAACCCUCUGUUCCUCAAACAGUUCAGCCCGGCCAUCGGGACGCUAGAGUACAUGUCUCCUGAGAUGUUAAAGGGAGACGUGGUCGGUCCUCCAGCCGAUAUCUGGAGUAUAGGAGUCCUCACCUUCAUCAUGUUGAGUGGCAGGUCUCCGUUCUUGGACCAGGAUCCUCAGGAGACUGAAGUCCGAAUCCAAACAGCAAAGUUUGAUUUGAGUCGACUUUAUCAGAACGUGUCCCAAAGUGCCUCACUGUUCCUCAAGAAGAUCCUCUGCAGCUACCCCUGGGCGCGUCCGUCCAUCAAAGACUGCUUCAGUAACUCGUGGUUACAGGACGCGUACCUGAUGAGACUACGGCGUCAGACUCUCACCUUCACCACGACGCGGCUCAAAGAAUUCGUCUCCGAGCAGCAGAAACGCCGCGGCCUGAACGCCACCAAACACAAAGUCCUUUUACGGUCGUACCAGAGCUCGGCCACGCCCACCCUGGCCCCGCCCGCACCCGCGACGCCCGUCAAUCAGUGAGACGAUCGACCUUAGCCCCGCCGAUAUCCGCCGCGUCUGUCAAUCAAUGAGCUCAUCCACCUUAGCCCCGCCCACAGCAACCCCCACACCUGCCAAUCAGUGAGCUCCUCCAUCUGUCAAUCAAAAACCUGGAAUGUGAUGAUGUCAUAGUUUCAGAUGGAGGGCGGGGCCAAUACAAAUGUACGAGAAAUCCACUGUUUUUGAUCAAAAUAUCUACAAAUAUUUUAACAAUUGGUUAAAAAAAAAAAAAAAAAAUCCCAAAUCAAUUUUAUGUUUUGUCUCCAUGAAAAUCCACAGCGUUGCCUGAAAUGUUCCGCAGUACGGCAUUAAACUUAUCCAGCUUUCUUGCGUUUAUUCCAUUUAUAGGUGUUUUUUUUUUUUUUAAUUACUGAAAAUACCUCCAUUGUUACUGUGAGCGGGGGUCGCCUCUCCACAGAUCUAACCCGUAGCUUGGCGUGUCUCCAUGGAGAAAAAAAUGUGUUUAAUGCCAUAGUGUGGAAUAUUCAAGGCAAAACCAUAAUAUAUCAAUGGAUACGAGAUACACCUUUAAAGUCGUGUCGUUUUACCAACCCACUUUUUGAAACUACAGUAAUUACGUCAUUUUUUGUCGGUUUAUUUAAAGUGACGGCGAAGACGUGGAACUUUUGUGACGGUUUUUGUUUCAUGUGGAUAAAUCCCGUAAUUACACAGAUAAAAACGUCCACAAAUCUGCGUUUAACUGUCCUCCAUUUUGAUUUUUAAACUCGGGCUCUUUGGGAUUUCUAUGACAUCACACGAACUGAGAGACUUCACUACACGGACGCCAUUUUGGAUCCCGGACACGGACGCCAUCUUGGCUCUUUUAAUGAGAUUUCUAUAUUUUUGUAUCUGGACGUUGUUUGUUACCGGACUGGUCGUGUCUCCGUACCUCAAAGUUUGUACACUUUUGGAUAAAUAUCUCUUCCUUUUUCGAGUCUAUUCUUGUACGAGUCUAAACUUCUGCCUUUGCUAACUCUUGUACUGUUCGCUUUACGUGUCUGACGUCUUUUGAAUGAAGAUGCUACGAGCUAAGCUAAUUACGCCCUUAAUGAACUCGACAUGACUGUUUAGAAUCACGGACUAUUUAAAGCUCCAGUAUGAGGCAUUUUAAAGAACAUUUCAUCACGUUAGAACGGCGUUAAAGCCCCACUGCGGGACAUUUCAUUACAUUAGCACAGGGUAAACACGGAGAAAAGAAGUUUAGCGGAAAAUAGGAGCUUUAAAAUAAUCACCACCUUAAACAGCAAAUACAAGUGAAGGAAUGAAAAUGUACAACAAUAACAAUGUGAGUCUAAACCAGGUCUAAACCAGGUCUAAACCAGGUCUAAACCAGGUCUUAACAGGGACUAAACCAGGUCUAAACCAGGAC